AUGGACAAGCUCGAAAUAAUCCCGAUCCCCAUUAUCCUCUGUCCUCGGCCACUCGUCGCUCGUCAACCCUAGCCGCCAGCGACGAGGCCGUCCCGACGCCGCCAUCUCUCGUCGCCGGUGAACUUCGUCCGGCGACCCCCUCACCACCCCGACUACCGUCUGGUCCUCGAGCCGCCCUUCCCCGACACCGCGAGUCCGUCCUUCUUCCCAACCUGCCAGCAGCCGACCCCUGCCGCCGGCGACGCUGCUCUUCUCCCCCGCCGUCGCCACUUCAGAGGCUCAAGAUUAAUCCUCUCUCACUGACCCUCUCCUUCGUCCCGAAAACCCUUGUUCCCCUUUCCUUCUUCUCCAGCGGCGGCGGCAAAGGCGGAGGCAGAGGAUCCAAGAUGAUCAUCCCGGUUCGCUGCUUCACCUGCGGCAAGGUGAUCGGGAACAAGUGGGACCACUACCUCGAUCUUCUCCAGGCCGAUUACACUGAGGGGGAUGCUCUGGAUGCCUUGGGUUUGGUACGCUACUGCUGCCGCCGUAUGCUCAUGACCCAUGUUGACCUCAUCGAGAAGUUGCUCAACUACAACACCCUGGAGAAGACGGAGACAAGUUGAGUUAAUUGAACCCAUUCUGCCUCGAAACCCUUGUUCCUUUGUAGUUUUCAAGAUGGAUGGUAUGCUGUUUCUUAUGUCAGUGCUUAGGAGGUGCCAAGUGUGAGGUCCUGAAAUGAAGUUGGUUUGUUCAUGAAUCUCCAAGGACUGUUAGUGUGACCAUCUGUUUCUACUAUCUAAUAUUCAGGGCUUCUUCUCAAAAAAAAAAUCUAAUAUUCAGGGCUAUAUUAACCAACAGUCUAUGCAUUAUCCAGUUUCAAACUUAUUAAGCUCCAAGCGUUGAACAUGUUA